CUACUCUUUAAUCAAGCACCUGUCUCUUCCUCUUUACUGAAGACACCCUAUUUUCGCAAAAACUCACCCCUUCUCUCUAACGUAUCACCUAUUUACGCUUUCAGUCCAACUACUACGCCAAUUCUGCCACAAUCAUGAGGACCGCAUUCCUAUCCCUAUCGGUUAUUCUCAUUAGUCAGAUUGGCCGCGCUAGCGCGGAUCACCACAAAUACUGUAUCUGUGCUGAUACAACUAGUGGUAUCGGUAACCGCGACCGUACCUCAUCAGCUUGUUCUAAUACCCAAUCCUUGGGAAAUAACAGAGAGUUCCAGGAUGUAGCGUUUGAUAGUCAAACGCCUUUUCAGUGCUAUUCGUCAAACAAUAGCCUUGAUGGCGAUACUUGGGAUAGAUUUUGUAAGAGUUUUUCAAACACUCACGGCAAAUGUAAAUGAUGCAGACGAGUAAAUCUUCAGGUUCGCUUAGGCUUUGU